AUGGCUCCGAAAAGCAGAGUCAUUAUUGAUACAGAUCCUGGCAUUGAUGAUAUCCUCGCUCUUCUUCUCGCCUUCUCCUCCAAGGCAGAGGAGAUCGAGGUGCUUCUGGUCUCCUUGACCUUUGGAAACAUCGAAGUGAGGAGCUGUCUUCGAAAUGCAGUCUCUAUGUUCCACAUCAUCGAAAAGGAGAUGGAAUGGAGACACAACCGCGGAUUGGCCCCUGGCUUCGAGGCGCUGAUGGCGUCCAAGCCGCUCAUGGCCGUCGGCGCCGAAGGACCCUUGGCCGGAGAGAAGAUGCUGGCGGAUUAUUUUCACGGCAAAGAUGGCCUCGGUAAUGUCCAUACAAGUCAUCCCCAUCUCACGCCGGCGCAAGGAUGGGAGUCUUUGUUCUCGCCUCUGCCGGCGUCGGUGGAAGAGCUGGAGGCUGCCGCUCGACGUCAUUCGUCAUUCAUCGCGUCGACGAAACCAGCCUACGAAGAGAUGCUUAGGUUACUACGGGAGAAUGACCCCGGGACGAUUACGAUUAUAGCCCUUGGACCGCUGACCAAUCUCGCGUUGGCGGCGGUCGAAGACCCGGAGACAUUUCUGAGAGUGAAAGAGGUGGUGGUGAUGGGUGGUGCUGUUGAUUGCCCUGGAAAUGUAACUCCCACGGCGGAAUUCAACACAUACGCGGAUCCCGUGGCGGCGGCUAGGAUCUUUGCGCUGACAUCACAGAUGCCGCUGUCGACCAUGCCGCCGGCAGACCUCCCGUCGGCGCUGCCUGUCUAUCCCGCGACGCUGAGCAAGCAGCUCAAGGUUAAGUUGGUGUCUCUCGACGUGACCAGGUCUCACAACCUGACACGCGGGCAGUUCCGAGACCGGAUCGCGUCCACUGUGGCGACCGGCUCGCCACUGGUGGAGUGGACAUCUGCGAUCCUGGAGCACAGCUUCGCCAAGCUGGAGGCCAUGCACCCGGGCCACGAGGGCGACAUGGCGGCGCUAAGCCUCCAUGACCCGGUGUGCAUCUGGUACGCGCUUCUGCCGGACUCGUGGCAGUGGAUGCUGUCGCUCGACUCGCCGCUGGACCUCCGGGUCGAGACGACGGGGCAGUGGACGCGUGGGAUGUGCGUGAUCGAUAGACGGAAUCGAAAGCGGCGGGACCACGAUGACCCGGACGUUGAGGACAACGGGCUGUGGUUGGCUAAUCGGUCGGGGAACCGGGUUGACUGGGUGGUAGGAACGCCAGGGCCGGAUAUGUUUGCGGGCUAUGUCAUGGAUCGGCUGUUUGUGAAGCACCAAAACUGAAAAACCACCACCCCCAAGUCACACCGCCCAGCAGAAGGAAGGGGAAAAUACAGGAGUAUUUUGGAUUAAAUUGGGAGAUUAUGAUCACUCUUUGAAACCCAAAAAAGAAGAAGAAGAAGAAGAAGAAGAAGGGAAGACAGUGAUGGCUGUAUCUACAGAGUACUCUAUAAUGUGGUGUUAAAAG